AUUGUUUCAUUUUGUAGCGGAGCGAGCGAAUAGUGAUAUCAGUAGUACGUCUGUGAUGCUUGUUAGUGCUAUUGCCGCUGCAUUUGCUUUAUUUCUAACUCAGUUUAACUUGUGAUCUGGAUACACGCUGAAUUUCGUAAAACUUCAGAUUGACGCUUUAAACGCGGUGAUUUUUUUUUGUUGCUAGGGAUGGCUGCCGUCAAGGCACUCCAACAGUGGUGCCGAAUCCAAUGUGAGGACUACCGGGAUGUGUCCAUCACCAACAUGACGACCUCCUUCAGGGACGGAUUGGCUUUCUGUGCCCUUAUCCACAAACACAGACCGGACCUCAUAAACUUUGACUCCCUUCGUAAAGAAGAUAUUUACGAAAACAACAAACUGGCUUUCAACGUAGCUCAAGAGCGCCUAGGAAUUCCUGCGCUGCUGGAUGCAGAAGACAUGGUGAACCUUAAAGUCCCAGAUCGACUCAGCAUCCUCACCUACGUCUCCCAGUACUACAACUACUUCCACGGUCGCUCGCCAAUCGGGGGUAUGGCUGGUGUGAAGCGACCAGCAGAGGACCCCAUGGAGGAACCUGGGAAGAAAUGCCAACCUGUGAUCGCCAAACCGUUCUCCAAACCUGCCACAGAAAACCAACCACCCCAGACCCCCACCUCUCUGAACCCCUCAAAGAAUCCACCCCAACAAAGCUUUGCAGCAGAGAAAAAGAAGGUUCUUGUUGAGAGCAAUAAAUUGGGGAAUCUGAACAGUACCUGUAUGGUUUGUAAGAACCACGUUCACCUGGUGCAGCGACAUCUGGUGGAUGGGAAGCUGUAUCACAGGAACUGCUUUAAGUGUAAGGAGUGUUCUAACGUUCUCCUCUCCGGAACUUACAAAUCUGGCCCAGAACCAGGAACCUUCGUCUGUAUCACUCACCAGAACCCGAUAUAUAUCAAAACACCUACUGUGGCCCAAGAAAAGAAGGGGCUGGUUGUUAAUAAAGUGGCAUCUGGCUGGUCGGGACUCGCCAAUCAGAGCGAUCAUUCAUCCCAGCAAGGCCUGGCAAGCACCAAGCCUAGCAACACAACCCCCGCUGCUAAGCUAUGGACGGCGUCGGCCGAGAAGACCCAGGCGGCCCGCCAAAAGUUCCUCCAGUCCACACCCAAUACCCCAGAGAACUCUAAAAUUACUAACGUGGGCCCUGGCAGUGUCUCCUUCAGCCUGGAUACUGAGAAGGACAAAGCAAAGUCGCUAAUAUCAAAGAAGAUAACAGAGGGAAGCUCAAAUGACAACAACGCCUUCUACCGCUCAGGUCUGAAAUCACUGGACAGCAAGACCCCUCCUGAUAGCAGGUUCACCAGCAGUGCCUCAGUAGAUGACAUACCCAGCUGGAGGAGGACCCUGAAUACCCCGGGUGCAGCAGGAGUAAAGGCAGCACCGGCUGUGCAAAUCGGGGGCAUCUCAGCUAACAAGGAGCCCCAGCGGUUAAAGAGAACCUCAGCGGAGGCCCCACGACCCGCGGGCACCAUGUCCUCGAGCGGCAAAGUGGCUGAAAAUUCAGUGUCUCCAUUGGACUGGCGGUCGCAGCUGAAGCCUGUAUCAAAAGGGUCAAGGCCCGCCGACUCCGAGAAGUCGUCAUCUGCCGCCGAGACGAAGCACAGGUUGCCCUUGGAGCCGUCGGCACACAAACCCACAGACGUGGUGCCGCCCCAGCCCUCUCCGGCCCCCGCCGCCUCUCGUCCUGCCUCGUCAGGCUAUCAAAGAACACCGUCUCCGGAACCGUCACUCAACGGCUCUGCAAGUUGGGACUUUAAAAAUGGGAAGGGUUCAUCAGACACAAAUACCUCCAAGCCUGAAAUCCAGUCACCUAAGUCCAAGUCAGACUACAUACCCAAAGAGGAGAUCCUGAAGGAGCUCGAGGAGAUCGAGAACAAUCUAAAUGAACUGGAGAAGAAUGGAGUGGAGUUGGAGAAACGACUCCGUCGCUGUGAGGAAGCGGAGGAUGAGGAUGUCCUGGACGAUCUCAUGGUGGACUGGUUCAACCUUAUCAGAAAUAAGCAAGUUUACAUGAGACGGGAAUCCGAGCUGGUCUACGUCGCGAAGACCCAGGAUCUGGAGGAGCAGCAGCCGGGGGUGGAGGGUAAACUUCGGCGGCUGAUGGAGAAGCCAGAACACCUGAAAACUAUGGCAGACAGAAAGAGAGAGGUAGAGCUCAUGGAAAAGCUGGUGGAGAUCGUUAAUGACAGGAACGCCAUCUUAGAGGGACUGGAUGAAGAUCGGUUGAGAGAAGAGGAAGAGGAUGAGCAGUUGAAUCAGAUGAUGAAGAACCUUGAUAUAAAGAAACCCAAACCCAAGAAAAAAUCCAUUUUUGGAAAGUUAUUCAGCUGAAAGUCGAAGGAGACAAUGGAAGACUGAUCUUCAAAGAGACUCCAAUGGUCCAGUUUCUGACUGCUAUCUUUGUAAUGCUUGGCUCUUGGUUGAUCAUCCUGAGUGUUUUUAUCUGACGGGAAACGCCUGCGUAGCCCUAAAUAUUGAGCUUGUCCAUAAAUCCAGCUUGAGAGGUUGCUGUAGGUGACAUCGAUUAUGUGUUCUUUGCAAAAGCGUGUCACUUUCCUUAACUUCUGAUAUAUAUUUGGCAUCCUAUACAAAUUCAAAUGAAUUUCCAUUUAAUUAGUCACAAUGGCACAGCAGAGAUGUGUGAUUUUGAAUGAUUUGGUCGUCUGUGGUAAUCUCUUCUUUUUAACAUUUAAAGGGAUUUUAGAAUAUCAAACAGCCACUGCUGCUAAUUCUGUUGCUUCAGUGAGUUGGCUCAGACUGACUUUGCUCAACAUUUUAGGUGAUUCACGCUCCCUCCAUUUCCUUGUAGGGAAGAUGUUUACAAUCUUAGCAAAAUGGAAUGUUGGCAGCAGAUCAAAUUACAUUUUUAAUACACCUAAUCUUUUUUUUGAGGGUUUUUAAAAAACCAUUUAAUACUGUUAUUUUUAAUUUUUAAUUGGCUGUUAAUGCCCAGACCUGGCUUUCGUGUGGCCUUAAAGGUAAAAAAUAUAUACAUACAGUAUUUGUCAGCAAUAAAAAGUACAUGUAUUAUUGUUGCUGAACACCCGCGAUGCUUAACCCCACAGAGAGAUGCAGCCACAACGGAAGGGAAGUGUCUGUUAUUUCCUCCAUUAGUCUAUUUAAAACACAUUUAUAAACGAAUGAGAUGUUGUAUGCAAAGUGGUUUUUCAUAACGUGCAAUGGUGCUCUUAUAAUAGUUGUGUUAUGAAAGCUAAUGUGUAAUUGGAAUCACAGGUAUGCUCUUGAUUCAUAUUGGAUCUGAAGUUAAGCUACUGUAGCCCUAAACUAACUUUUCGGUGAUGAUGUUUAAUAAUAUGUCCCAGGACUUUUAAAAGCUUCACAGGUAAAUGUAAUCUCAUUAACGGUAUUUGGGUAUCAGAGUUCAGCUUUACUAAAAAUGGCCCUGAAAUGACUGAUGGAGGUAACUGCUGGAGGGUUAGUAGCAGUUUUUAAUCAGAAGGUGGCAGUAUGGGGUUAACUAGAGGAACUUUGCAGCCCCAAAUUGGGCCACCCUCCUGUGUUUUUUAAUGUUUCACUAGUUGUGUAUCUGAUGCAAAUUCCAGAGCUCUACGCAGAAGACAUUUUGACUUUUAAUUGUUAUACUGGCUAUUCAGUUCAUUUUCCAUGUUCAUUACAUCCUCCUGUGUUGUACAAUGUGGGCCUUGAAUCAUCACUUCCAACGUGUUUGCAUUUCAUGGGCGUUAUAAAGGAAAACUUUGCAAUGAUAACGCUGUUCUUGUAAGGGUUUUUACUCUUAUUUUGGUGUAAAUCUUUUCUCAUGGUCAGGGAAAUCUAUCUCAAUAAUGUAUUUUUUCCCUGUCAAAUAAAACCUUUGUUAAUGAAUUAUA